ACUGGGAGAAUAUUGUCUGGUCUGAUGAUAGCAAAAUAUAACUGUUUGGAUGCCAUAAUGUACCCUGCGUUUGGAGGAGACAUGCCACUGCACAUCACCCUAAAAACACUAUACCAACAGUGGAGUUCGGAGGUGGGAAUAUGAUGGUGUGGGGCUGCUUUUCAGCAAAGGGUACUGGUAAACUUCACAUUAUUGAAUGAAGGAUGAAUGGGAAAAUGUACAGACACAUUAUUGACAAAAGUCUGCUGCCAUCUAUGAGGAUGAUGGAAAUUAAGAGGGUGGACAUUUCAGCAGGAUAAUGAUAAUAAUAUCCAAAACAUACUGCCAAGAAAGCUCUCUAUUGGUUUCAAAUAAAAAAAUAACAAAGCUGCUAGAAUGGCCCAGCCAAUCACCUGACUUGAAUCCAAUCAAAAAAUCUAUGGAAAGAACUCUAAGUCAAGGUCCAUAAAAGAAGCCCACGGAACCUUCAAGAUCUGAAGACUGCUUGUGUGGAGGAAUGGGCCAAAAUCACACUAGAGCAAUGCAUGUGACUAGUUUCUCCAUAAUACUAUAAUAAUAAUAUCCAUAAUAAAUAAAUACCAGUUGGCAAGUUCAAUACUUUUCCCCCUGUGUCAUUUCACACAACUUCAUUUCUCAGCGUAUUUGUUCUACUUUCUUUGUUGUGUGUGUUUUCUUUUUAGGAUUGUUGUUGUUUGAGGACAACGACAAUUUGACGUGACGUCACAUUGUGGGCGGUACUCCAACCCAUGAGGGUGUAAACGAAGUAAAACUGGGAAAAACAAGGAGACAGUCGUUCGGGGAUUAUCGCGUAACUUGGAUGACACACACCGGUGAUAUGGUUUCCCGGCAAGGUGUCUGUGUAUAUAAUUUCCCCUUUCGGACUCUCCUUGUUGGGUCAACAUGGACGCUUUCCAAAUGACGAAGGAAGGCCCGAGUCGUUGUUGAGUUUUGAGCUAGCCGUGUGACGUUAGCUCGCCCGGCUAGCGGCUUCAUACAACUUGUCAACAGCAGAGGCGAUCGAUAUCCCAAGCGCAUAUCGGAACUGUUUUGGACACGCGCCUCCUGUACAAGCCCUACCUGCCGCGGGUUGUCGCCGCUCCGACGGCUAGUGAAGCAGCAGCACUUUAGAAAGAGUUGGCCAUGAUGGCAACGUGACAAGAGGGAGGCCCACUGAGUGCGCUUCAACAGAAACCAUGGAGGGCUUACAGCAAACUGCUCCUGAGCAGCAGCACAAAAGGGUCAACGGCUACUGCCAGCCAAGUCCACCCCAGGAUUCGGCUGAUGUUAGGUGGCCGGGGUCCCAGGGAGAAUCUCGGGGCUCGGAUAGCUGCGGGGGAGCGAGUGGAUCGCAACACACGGACCUGGAUGACUCCAAAGGCCCUGAGAGCGACGGUGAAGUCAAGGAGGAGCUGGAGGAUGUGACCCGUGACAGAGGCGAACAGGAGACAAGAGAGAGUGCAGAUGAAGAAAACAAUCGCAGCAGUGCAACAUCCAGCUACACCGCAGACCUUUCCCACACACCGUCGCCCUCGCUGUCCGAGCAGCUGCGUCUGGGGCGAGAAGACAGCGCAACCUCUGGUAUAAGUGUGGAGUGUAAGGUCUGUGGGGACAAGGCGUCAGGUUUCCACUACGGUGUACAUGCCUGUGAGGGUUGUAAGGGCUUUUUCAGACGAACUGUGCGUAUGAAAUUGGAAUAUGAGCGCUGUGAGCGUUCCUGCAAGAUUCAGAAGAAGAAUCGCAACAAGUGCCAAUAUUGUCGUUUCCAGAAGUGCCUUUCUUUGGGAAUGUCUCACGAUGCGAUCAGAUAUGGCCGAAUGCCUGAGGCAGAGAGGAAGAAGCUGGUGGCGGGCCUGCUUGCAGAGGAACUAAACCUCGGCAAACCGGGCGGCUCCGACUUAAAGACCUUGGCCAAGCAAGUCAACACAGCCUACUUGAAGAAUCUUAGUAUGACCAAGAAGAGGGCCCGCAGCAUCCUGAUGGGAAAGACCAGCAGCACCUCACCAUUUGUGAUCUAUGAUGUGGACACGCUCUGGAAGGCUGAAAGUGGUUUGGUGUGGAGCCAGUUGCUUCCAGGUGCUCCCCUGACCAAGGAGAUCGGGGUGCAUGUGUUCUACCGGUGCCAGUGCACCACUGUGGAGACUGUGCGCGAGCUCACCGAGUUUGCCAAGAGCAUUCCGGGGUUUGUUGACCUCUUCCUGAAUGACCAGGUGACAUUGCUGAAGUACGGCGUGCAUGAGGCUAUUUUUGCGAUGUUGCCAUCUCUCAUGAACAAAGAUGGUCUGCUGGUGGCCAAUGGGAAAGGCUUUGUGACCAGAGAGUUCCUGCGUAGCUUAAGAAAGCCUUUCAGUGAGAUCAUGGAGCCCAAGUUUGAGUUUGCCGUGAAGUUCAAUGCCCUGGAGCUGGACGACAGUGACCUGGCCCUCUUCGUAGCCGCCAUCAUCCUGUGCGGAGAUCGCCCAGGCUUGAUGAAUGUGAAGCAGGUGGAGCAGAGCCAGGACAACAUUUUGCAGGCCUUGGACCUCCACCUGCAGGUGAACCACUCAGACUCAGUCUACCUCUUCCCCAAGCUGCUGCAGAAGAUGGCCGACCUCCGCCAGCUGGUCACAGAGAACGCUCAACUUGUGCAGAAGAUCAAAAAGACAGAGUCUGAGACCUCGCUCCACCCUCUUCUGCAAGAGAUCUACAAAGACAUGUAUUAAACUGCUCUGAGCAAUACUGUUACAGACUGAAUACACACUUAUCAGAACAAUACACUGUUCAAUUAAAAACUGUUCUACUUGAGGUCAUGGUUGUCUAACAGCACACAUCUGGAAUAGGUCUCCCCUGUUUCCCACAAAGGUCACGUCAUAUAAGAAAACACUAUGCUUUCUUACCAAAGCUGCUUUCCAGGGGAAACAUUUCACGUUAGAUUUUCACAUACACUUACACGGUGCUGUGGAGAAGAGCCAUCAGUGUGGGCGUGGUGCAUUCUGAAGAUCACUGUGUGUUUGGGUCGAGUGAUUGGACAAAGCUGAUAAUGUGCAGGUUGCUUUUUGUUUACAUCCUUGUUUUCAAUGAGUGACCUCCAACUUUACCGUUUGGCCCUGUGGACCCCACUUUGGCUCAGGUGCCUGUGCAAUAGCAUAUCCAUUCGUCAGGCAGUGCGGAGAGCUAAGCCAUUGAGACAUGCAAUACAAAUAUCGUUGGAGUUGGGCAGAAUCCUUGCAUCUCCAAAACCAUUACUUUUCAGGAAAACAAAAGGACAGCAUAUUUGUUGAGCCAUUUAAAUUGCAUCAUCAAAGACAGAAAACCAACAUUUUAGAUUGGUCAAUACUUUGGAAAAAAUAACAGACCACAUGGGGCCUGACAAAUUGUAUCGAUUUGUGACAAAAUAUGAAGUUGACCAAAUUUGGACAUAGGAGGUUUCUGCCCGACAGUGACAAUAUGCUUAUGACCCGCUCAAGCACAAAGGAUGCAUCCUUGUUUUUAGUUUGACACAUUAACUUUUUUUCUUCUUCCUUGUAAUUAUGUCUAAUUAUUUGUAAUUGUUGAUUUUAUUUGUCAAACAUGAAAUUCAUCCCAUCGUA